AUGUCUACUCCAAUCCCACACCCUUCUCCCCAGGGCAGCUGCCGUCUCGCAGAACUGGUCCAAUACAAGUGUGAACUGGAAGUCUCGAAUGUGGGAGUCUCACAAUACCACUGCUGGCCUAUCAUGCGCAUCUUCAGAAUAUGUCCUGGCCGACCAGCCGUGGAACUGACCAGAUUUGCCGAGGUGAACGCCGAUACGGGGGAGAUCAGCGCCCCCCCGGAGUCAAGUGCAAAGCUGCCGAAGGGUAAACCAUGGCGUGACAUCGUUCAUAAUGAAUUAAAGGGGUCUGGGUAA